CCUGCCCAUCCUUGCAAUCAAUACUUUUGAACAUAUGGGUGUCUUGAAACUCCUCCUCCUCUUCUUCUUCUUCCUCUCUCCUGUUAUUUACGCAACAAAUCAUUGCCCACAAACUUCCAUGUGUGCCAACAGCAGCUUCAGUAUUCGAUUUCCUUUCCAGCUAAAAGGCCAGGAGUCUCAAAACUGUAGCUAUCCCGGAUUCGAUCUGAGCUGCAGUAGUCAGGGUGUCACGGUUCUAAAUCUUCCUUAUUCAGGAGAAUUUUUGGUACGCGAUAUCAACUACCAGGCACAAGAAAUACAACUCUACGAUCCAUAUAAUUGCCUCCCAAGACGGCUAUUGGACAUCAAUCUUUCAGGUUGUCCUUUCAGCCCCUCUUAUUAUCAGAACUACACCUUCCUUAGCUGCCCAUCUGAGCUCACGAGGUCUCGAUUCACUUCCAUCGAUUGCCUCAGUAAUUCCACAAACACUACUUUAGCUACAUCUUCAUUGACUCUUGUAACAUCGAUGACCAAGUGCAAGAUAAUGGCUGCUUUGCCGAUUCCAGUAUCGAGGCCACUUCAAUAUCAGGAUGGGUUUUCAUCCAACCUCAGUGACGAUCUUCAGUUAACAUGGAAUGUGCCUUAUUGUCAAGAUUGUGAAGCACAAGGCGGCAUGUGCGGGUUAGAGAACGACACAAGCCUAGAAAUUACAUGUUUCUACAGUUCCAGGACAGGUAGGACUAACAGCCUCAGAGUUUUCAGCAUCAUUGCCUUGGUCAUUGUCCUUCCAUCCAUCACAUGUGCAUUUGGUAUUGCAUUUUUCAUGUGUUGCAUGGACGACAGAAAUCUACGCAGUCCUGCGACCAAUACCACACUCACCAUAGCUGCAGUAACACCGCAAUCAACCAACUUAUCCACAGGCUUGGAUGAAUCAACCAUUGAGUCCUAUACCAAAGUAGUCCUCGGUGAGAGCAGACGCCUUCCAUGGCCAAAUGAUAACACUUGCCCAAUAUGCUUGUCAGAUUACAGCCCCAAAGAGACAGUCAGGUGUAUACCUGAGUGCAAACACUGCUUCCAUGCUCAUUGCAUUGACGAGUGGCUUCGGAUGACCGGCACAUGCCCUGUUUGCAGAAAUUCUCCAUCCCCUCCUGCUCAUCACCAUGUUUGAUGUCCUAUUACUUUCUUGCUUGUGUUCUUUUCUGUUGUAUAGCGAUUGUAGGGCCCCCCUUUUUCUUUUUCUUUUUCUGUGGGAAAUCCACAUGUUCAAUUUUCAAGUUGUAAUCACAAUCUAUUUUACCCUAUAGACAUUAAUAUUUUAUUAGCA